AGGGGAGGAGAAAAUGAGAGAAGGGGGUGGAUGAUAGGAGGGAGGAGGGGGUUCAGUUUCCAUCCCUCACCACAGGAAAUCUGUGUGUGGUUUAAAUGCAAGUCGAAGUCUCUUUUUGCAGGCCACUUGUGUCUGUGGAGAACAUACAGGAGCAUGGCCGGCCGUGUGGAGCAUCCUGCUGCAGGCUACAGGAAGAUCUUUGAGACAGUGGAGGAGCUGAAUGAACCUAUACCUGCUAAGAUCACUGGUGUUAUACCAUCAUGGCUGGGCGGCAGUCUUCUCAGGAUGGGUCCAGGUCUUUUUGAAGUGGGAGAUGAACCUUUCUACCACCUGUUUGAUGGACAGGCUCUCAUGCACAAGUUUGACCUGAAGGAUGGUCAGGUGACCUACAACAGGAAGUUUAUCAGGACGGAUGCAUAUGUGCGUGCCCUGACAGAGAACAGAGUAGUCAUCACUGAGUUUGGCACAGCAGCCUACCCAGACCCCUGCAAAAACAUCUUCUCCAGAUUCUUUACUUACUUCAGAGGCAUUGAGGUGACUGACAACUGCAUGGUGAACGUCUAUCCAAUCGGUGAAGACUUCUACGCUGUCACAGAGACCAACUACAUCACUAAGGUUGAUCCUGAUUCGCUAGAGACUGUGAAGAAGGUGGACCUGUGUAAGUACCUCUCAGUGAAUGGGGUGACUGCCCACCCCCACACUGACACAGAUGGUACAGUCUAUAACAUUGGUAACUGUUUUGGCAAGAACAUGAGCCUGGCUUAUAAUGUCGUCAAGAUCCCACCUGCUCAGAAAGACAAUUCAGAUCCCUUUGAGAAAUCCCAGGUCGUGGUUCAACUACCCAGCAGUGAGAGGUUAAAACCCUCUUACAUACACAGUUUCGGUAUGACAGACAACUAUUUUGUGUUUGUGGAGCAGCCGGUGAAGAUCAACCUGCUCAAGUUCCUGUCGGCUUGGAGCAUCAGAGGAGCCACAUACAUGGACUGCUUUGAAGCCAAUGAGAGCAUGGGGACAUGGUUCCACCUGGCCACUAAGGACCCAGCAGGUUAUUUGAGCAGCCACAAGUUCAGAACAUCAGCUUUCAACAUCUUUCACCAUAUAAACGCCUAUGAGGACCAGGGAUUCAUCGUGGUCGACCUCUGCACGUGGAAAGGUCAUGACUUUGUGUAUAACUACCUGUACCUGGCCAACCUGAAGAAGGAGUGGGAGGAAGUGAAGAAAGCAGCGAUGAAAGCUCCUCAGCCCGAGAUCAGACGAUACGUACUGCCGCUGGAUAUACACAGGGAAGAGCAGGGAAAGAAUCUGGUAUCUCUGUCCUACACUACAGCAACUGCUGUUCUUCAUAGGGAUGGCACCAUCUGGCUGGAACCUGAAGUCCUCUUUUCUGGACCAAGACUAGCCUUUGAGUUUCCACAGAUUAACUACUCUCGCUGUCGUGGGAAGAAGUAUUCCUUCGCCUACGGCCUGGGACUCAACCACUUCAUCCCUGACAGGAUAGUCAAGCUGAACGUACAGACCAAAGAGACCUGGGUGUGGCAGGAGGAAGACUGUUACCCAUCAGAGCCGCUGUUUGUACCAAUACCUGGAGCUACAGAGGAGGACGAUGGUGUGCUGCUGAGUAUCGUGGUGAAGCCGGGGGCAGAGAGACCAGGUUUCCUGCUGGUGCUGGAUGCCAUGAAACUGACAGAGCUGGCCAGGGCAGAAGUCAACACCAUCAUUCCUGUGACCCUCCACGGCAUGUACAAACCAUGACCCAUCCCAAGCCGGCCAAGACACAUCCUAAAAUACACCACGUUUACUUUCCUGCCAGCCAGCUAGGUUUUUUUUUAAUUAAAAACUUCAAAUAGUGGUCUGUUUUGCCAAGCAGCUGCUAAAGUUGAAUAACUAAAAAUGACUCUGAUCCAGAUCUGAACCUAUCAUGCAUCCUAACAGUGACCUUAAAGUCACCGAAAGUCACUUUACUCAGACAAAUUCACAGCAAAACAUUAGUAAGUGGUAUAAAAAUGAUUUACAUCAAAUGUAAUGAGGGGUUUCUGAUGCAGCAGAAAAUAUGUACAAUUGACUAAUAUGUUUAUGAAUAGGUUAUUUGCCUUGGAGUGUUUUUUAAUGAGAAAUGCAGUGGUUAAUGCAAUUCUUUGAUAUGUAAAGUUUGAAUUUAAGCAUUCUUUUUUUCCCACCAGGCCCUUGGGACAUAUUAUAAAACAUGGUACAUUUAUUAUGUAGCUAAAUAACAUGUUAUUAAUGUUCCUUGGGUUCAAACUUAUACCGUACAUACUUAUCAACCUCUAAAUCCACUUUGGUACUUACACUUAUUUUAGCUUUUAUACUUUAUAUCCACUUGUACUUAAUUUAUCUUACCUGUAUUAUAGUGUAUUAUAUUUGGAUUUGCUUAGUACUUCUAUUCCUUCUAUUCUCAAGUGUGCAUUGACGUGAUAGUGAGCAGCUGUAACGAAAGAGUUUCCCCUCGGGGAUCAAUAAAGUAUUUCUGAUUCUGAUUCUUGCUGCUAAGCUAGCUUGGAGCUAGCAUUGUCUGUUGAUUGUAAUGUAAAAACAGUUUCUUUCAUAAAGACAAUUUAACAGUGUCUUGUAGCUGGUGGAGAAAAACAGUGCGUGUGUAUAGAGAAAUCACCUGUAGCAUGAGUUUACUUCACAGUUUACUUUGCUUUUGUUAAAAACCUUGUAGCAAAAACCCAAUAGCACCUGCACAUUUGUGACAUUAUGCUUGUAAAGCAAGAGUUACAAUUAAAUACAAAAUAUUUUGUGGAA